AUGGAGCACUCAGAACAUUUUGAUGUUUCAGAAAGUUUCGUGAUUUUCGUGGAACGAGAUCCAAAGCUCAGAGUCCAGCUGUCCAGCUCACUGAAAUGGCAACUCUUGGAAGGAGAGGAACUGAGAUCAACUGAGAAUCAGUUAAACAUCUUACCAAGGCGGGAAUUGGAGAUUUGCGCCGCUUUGUGCAGCUUGGAAGAAUCCCCUGGCACGAACUCUGCAAAGACAGGAUCAAAAGAGGCGGUAUGGGCAGUGACGGCAGUGAUAGGUUUCGGCGACUUUCAACGCCAGAGCCUCGAGAGCAUUCAGGACAGUAGCAUUUCAAUGCCGAAGACCUCACCAGGCUCACUACCUUAUAGCAACGUGCGUAGCAAUGGCAUUGGCCACCCUGACCCGAUAGGAAUGUCAGCUGGAGUACUGGUGCUUUUCUACGCUAUCUACUCGGUGUACAGAUACCGCCGAGAGGCCAAUCGAAUCAUAAGCCUUUUCGAGGCCAACACCCAAAUCAAGGAGCUCUCGGAGAGCGCGGCCAAGGGUGAGCAACUCCCCAACAUCGUCGUCAUUCGAGGUCACAUUGGAGCCGAUGGUGGCGACAUUUGCACAGUGUCAACGGGUAUCGAUGGCCUUCGUGAGCGAGUGGGUGAAAUUGAGCAGCCCAAGAAUGCAUGGAUUGAGAUCGCGCGACAGGCGAAGUCGGACCCGCAGCUGCGUGGAGUGGCUGACGCAGUGGUGCAGCGCACUGGCGUGGAUGCCGAUGAUGUGCCAGAGGUGCCAGAGCCUGGUGACCCCUAUGCCCGACAGAGCAACAACCGUGGCGAGGGCUCCCUGGUCGUGGCAGAGAUUCUUGUAGCCAGGAUAUGCGCCAAGCAUCAAAGUGUUAGAAGAGAAAAGACCACAAAGAGGGUGACUAUCAAACGACCUCGAAGAAAUGAGAGUUACAAUUGCUUUCAUGGCCGACGUGUGUCGGAAAGGCUUCAUUUGAUAGAUCUUGAUGGCAAUCGAGCUGACAUCGAGCUGCCACCAGCUGAUGCUGUUGGCCUUGCAGGCGUCUCAGAUCCACCACCGCUCUUUCUGCCGGUGAGUGAUGUGUGGACAGAGUUCACUCACUACCUUCGCAAGGAUGGCGUUACAGGACCCAGUGGUCGACGUCAACGACUGGAUGACCUGCCUCCAAUGCGAUUGUCGGACCCUUAUACCCUCUUGUCAGAGUUUAUAUUCCUUGAUGUGCAAUCGCCGGGAGAUCUUGGCGGAUUUCCUGGAAAUCCUAGUGUCCUUGAGGGCAUUGGUGAGGCCUUUCGGAGUGGUCCAACUCCUGCCAAAUUUCUCUGGGAGCCGAGAGGUUUCUACGACUCUGUUCGCGGCGGUGGUUAUGAUGAUGUGCCUGCGUAUGCCACCAAGUACCGCAAGACUGAGAUGGUGACAGCCAGGGAGCUCCUGGAUCGUGCCCAGGUGGCAGCCAAGGAGAACGCAAGACACACGCCACAUUGUGAGCCAACCUUCACUCGUUUGGAGCUGGAACAGCGUCGAGAUGAGGAAAAUUGCUUCCGCUACACCGAAUUGGCCAUUCCGCGAGGAACACCUGUGACCAUUCUUGCGCGGCCAAUGGUGGCGCAGGCUGGGACAGGAGAAGGAGUCGAUUGCAAUAUUCGCUUGGUGUCACCCGGAUGCGACGAAGGUCCUGGUCCCUUCAAUGCGGAUGCCAAGAACUUGAAGGAUCGUUUCCGCUUUCGCAUCCUCAAGGGGCACCAGGUGGAGAAUCUUCUGCGCCAUCGGGAGCUCAAUCCGACAGCAUAUUAUGGAUUGGCCCUGGUGGCAAUGGCUUUCAUUGGAUGGGCAGCGUCUGGAUAUCCUGGGCUGGGUGCCUGA